AUGGUCGGGUUUUUGCGCAAGAAGAAAUCGGACAAAGCGGUACUCUCGGGUGGCACAGUGCUUGACCGCAAGGGCAAGGUGGAUAAUGCCAGUCUACUGGAUGGCGACGGUGAGCCUACGGAGGGCUCGCUUUAUGACGCAAACGGUAAACGUGUGAGCCAUGGCCACGGCCACCGCAAAUCGGACGAAGAGAAUCGUCCGAACCCCGUGAAUAAUGCUGGGUACCCGCCAGUCAUGGCAACGGGCAUGUAUCCUCGCCCCCACCAGCAGCAGCAACCGGGUGUCUAUGGCAUGGGCAACAGCCAGCCUCAACAGCAUUUCGGUCAGCAGCAAUAUCCUGGCCAGCAGCAAUACCCUAGCCAGCAGCCUCAACAUCAAUUUGGACAGCCGCCUCUACCACAGCAAUAUGGACAGCCGCCUCUACCACAGCAAUAUGGACAGCCGCCUCUACCACAGCAAUAUGGACAGCCGCAACCACAGCGGUAUGGACAACCUCAGCAGCUGCAAUCCGGCCAGCCUAGCGGCUACGGCCAACAGCAACAUUACCCACCCACGACGUUAGGUGGACAGUAUGAGUAUCCGGUACGAUAUGGCCAGAUGCCUCCCCCGAUGCCAUCAGCAGCGCCCAAGCGCUCACGGUUCCGUUUUCCUAGUAUAGGCAAGAAGAACUGA